CGACUUGGCGUUUCCGGCAUGUUUUAACCGGCAGAUACGCUCCGCGUGUGUGUUGGAUAAUCUGGGUAAGACUUUUUCGCUCUCUCUGAGCUGGCCAGUCGGUAUCACUCCUCAAGUCUCUUCAGAAGGCGACCCGACACUUUGAAGCAAAGCCCUCUACGGCAUACGUGUCUGUCGAUCGAGUUUCUUUGACUGAGCGUGGAAGUGUUUAGUGUUCUGUUCUGUGUGGCCCUGUUUGUUUGUGUGCUGUUGCAGAGGAGGAGAAGUGGGUUGUUCGUCUGUGGAAAAACACGAUUGCCCUUCUCCGGCGGAAUGAUGGAGGAGAGGUACGAGCCGAUGAAGGAGCUCGGCUCCGGGAACUUCGGGGUGGCGAGGCUGGUGAGGGAUAAGAAGACCAAGGAGCUCGUUGCUGUCAAAUACAUUGAAAGGGGGAAGAAGAUUGAUGAGCAUGUUCAGAGGGAAAUCAUCAAUCAUAGAUCUCUGAGGCAUCCCAACAUCAUCAGGUUCAAAGAGGUCUUGCUGACCCCAACUCAUUUGGCUAUAGUCAUGGAGUAUGCAGCUGGUGGUGAACUCUUUGAGAGAAUAUGCAGCGCCGGUCGGUUCAGUGAAGAUGAGGCAAGAUUUUUCUUCCAGCAGCUUAUAUCAGGAGUCAGCUACUGCCAUUCCAUGGAAAUUUGUCACAGGGACCUGAAACUGGAGAACACACUUUUAGAUGGUAGCCCAACACCACGACUUAAGAUAUGCGACUUCGGUUACUCAAAGUCGGCUUUGUUGCAUUCACAACCUAAGUCGACCGUAGGAACACCAGCCUAUAUAGCUCCAGAGGUCCUAUCUCGGAAGGAAUAUGAUGGAAAGAUAGCGGAUGUCUGGUCAUGUGGUGUGACCUUGUACGUGAUGCUAGUAGGGGCGUACCCGUUUGAGGAUCCCGAAGAUCCUAGAAAUUUCCGCAAGACCAUAGGGAGAAUCAUGAGCGUUCAAUACUCUAUACCAGAUUAUAUACGCGUCUCUGCAGAAUGCAGGCACCUCCUCUCUCAUAUAUUUGUUGCCAAUCCCGCAAAGAGGAUCACUAUCCCGGAGAUUAAGCAGCACCCAUGGUUUCUAAAGAACUUGCCGAAGGAGCUGAUCGAGGGCGAGAGAACAAACUACGAAACAGAGCUGGACAAACCCCUUCAGAGCGUGGAGGAAAUAAUGCGGAUCAUCCAGGAGGCAAGGACUCCUGGGGAAGGUUCUAAAUCUGGGGUUCAAAGCACUGCUGGGCCCUCAAAUCCCGAUGAAGACGAGGACUUGGAGUCCGACAUCGAUGUUAGCGGGGAAUAUGUUGCUUAGAAUGGUACCCGCUGCCCCGAGGUAGAUCGACAAUUUGGCAGAUGAGAUGGACCUAUAUAUACACUUUUUCGCAUUGGAUGAGCGUGGUUUGAUUGCUUCUGUACAGUAGAUGAAAGUGUUUGCUUAAAGGUUUUGUUCUAAGACCACACAUCAAAUGUUGGUUUGAUAGAUUCUCUAUAUGGAAAAUUUGCACUUCUACAAUAA